UUUUAUUUUAUGGUGUCUCCAAAACUUGUUUUCGCCUACCCCUAUGGGUGCUACAUGGCGCCCCAAGUCCUCCACGACAUGACCCCCGCCAAGGCUGCCAUCCCUAAAUUGUAAUUUUCCAUAGAAUCCACCCUCACCUAAAACUAUUUUAAAGAACCAGGUAGUGUACGACUCCUCUGUUUACCGGACCAGACAAUAAUACAAUAUCAUAGCUUUCGUACGUGGUUGUUUCGAUCUCUGUUGAUGUCUCGUGUGACGACUAUACCCCGGACGAACUUUCUCGUGGAGCGCUCCUUCUCUAUUACAACUUCUUCCGCCGAUAACAAACGUUGAGCUACGACGAGGUGGAUGGAGAGUAGACUAAUCUGGGAAAGCCUAUGCUCAAUUUGAGUUUUAGUCAGAUUGAGUUGCUCUUUUGAGCGUAAUAGGUUGUAAAAAUAUAUCAAGAUUUGAAGUUUCAUUCUAAAGGAUGUCGGAGGGACCGAGGUAUCAAAGAAUUAGCCGCAUGGGUGAUGGUCCUACUGGAAUAAAAGUUUUCCAGGAACAUUUUCAAGCUUCAACAUCAGGUGUUGACUGUCCUGAGAGCCCAACUCUUUUUACCCCUUCGAGAAAUAGUUACAACAAGUCUUUUAGAUCGUGCAGCGGGUCGUGGACCCAAAGUAAGUUAAAGAGCACAUUAUCAAUGCUGAAGUUGUUAAGCCUGCGAAGAUUACCCUGGGUUGCAGACACUGAUGGCCAGGAAAAGGUGGUUUUAAGUGCAGUAGAGGUUGCAUCUCUGCGAUCUGAAAUUAAUGAUUUAGAAGAAAGAGAGUCACAUCUGAAAGCUCAAUUAGAACAUGUUGAUGAAAUACUACGAUCGGCCCGUCUUUGUGGAUAUCUUUAUAUUAGAAUGAGAUGGGCAGCAUUACCCGGAGAACUUCCUCCCAUUGAUGAUGCUGAAGUUGAUGACUGGGUUCCAAGAUUCAUUGUCCUUCACGGAUCAUGUUUUUAUCUCUAUAUGUGCUCUACAGAUAUGAGUCCUCAGGAUUCCACUUUGCUGUCAGAUGUGGUCGAAGUAGCUCCACUGGCUUGUCUUGUGCGGGAAAGUGAGGAAGCUCGGCAUGGCUUUUAUAUUUUAACUCGUCAAGGAUUGCGAUACGAAUGCUCUAGUGCAUCCAGAGUACUGGUUGAUACAUGGUUGGAAUCAUUACAGGCUGACUGUAAGAUGGGCUCAAACUCAACACCUCUGAAGGCAGAGAUGGACUCUUCUGAGACUUUAAACUUUAAACCUUUAAACGUCUCUCCCCAAGGGAAUGAGUGCGCAUAGGUUUGGACAUUCCAUAAUUACUCAAGUGCACGUAGUAAACUACUAGAUUGACAUAGCUUUGUAAUGUCAGUUCCUCUGUGAAAUCAGUCUGAGAAAAUUAGCAAUUUACCAUUAGGGGGUUAUGGUGAUGCUGUGUACACUGUACAGUGUUCAGUCUACUUGUCUCCUAGUUAGAAAAAUCUCCACAUCGAUAAACAUGACAACUUGAGGGUAAACAAACUUUUGUUCUAUAAUGUAUUUGUGAUUGGAUGGGGCAUGCUCUUUACCAAGCUUUGUUACACGUUAUAUAGUGUAUGCACAUUAGUUGGGCCUAUAAUUUAAAAAUACAAGAAACAAUCGUGUUAAUUU